AUGGCCGCGACGACGGGCGUAGUCAUGCUGGCGGCGGCGCUGGCGAUCCUCGCGCCGUCCACGCGGGCGCUCGACCGCGCAGAGUUUCCGCCGGGGUUCCUCUUCGGCGCCGCAACAUCUGCUUACCAGAUUGAGGGCGCGUACCUGGAGGACGGCAAGGGCCUCAGCAACUGGGAUGUCUUCACCCACACGCACUCGGGGAACAUCGUGGAUGGACGGAACGGGGACGUAGCAGAUGAUCACUACCACCGGUACAUGGAAGAUGUGGAGAUCAUGCAUAGUUUGGGAAUCAACUCCUACAGAUUCUCAAUUUCCUGGGCGAGAAUCCUGCCAAGAGGCCGGCUUGGAGGCGUUAAUUCAGCUGGAAUAGCGUUCUAUGACCGACUGAUUGUUGCACUUCGGCAGAAAGGGAUAGAGCCAUUCGUGACGCUGCAUCACUUUGAUCUGCCACACGAACUGGAGACCCGCUACGGUGGUUGGUUGGGAGCUGGGAUCCGGGAGGAGUUCAAUCACUACGCGGAUGUGUGCUUCCAGGCUUUCGGUGACCGGGUCAAGUUCUGGACGACGUUCAACGAACCCAACAUGAUGACCAAGCUGACUUACAUGCUAGGGAUGUACCCGCCCAACCACUGCUCCCCGCCAUUCGGGAACUGCAACAGCGGUAACUCCCAACGGGAACCCUACGUCGCUGCUCACAACAUCAUCAUGUCCCAUGCCGCCGCUGUAGACAACUACAAGAAGAAUUAUCAGGCAAAGCAAGGCGGGUCGAUCGGGAUUGUGAUUUCCAUGAAGUACUACGAGCCGCUGACGAACACCACGGUGGAUAUUCUUGCCGCAAGACGUGCAUUGUCUUUCGAGAUACACUGGUUUUUGGAUCCGAUAUUCUUUGGUGAAUAUCCUAAAGAAAUGCGAGAGAUGUUAUCAUCAAACUUGCCAAAGUUCACCCUAGCAGAGAAGAUAUUACUGGAAAACAAGGUGGAUUUUAUCGGGGUAAACCAUUACACCGCAAUUUACGCCAAGGAUUGCAUCUAUUCUCCGUGCGACCUUAAUACCUAUGAGGGGAAUGCACUCGUAUUUGCUACAGGUCAAAGAGAUGGUGUACAGAUUGGAAAAUCAACUGCACUCGUCGGUUUCUAUGACGUCCCAGAAGGCAUGGAGCAGAUCAUCAAGUAUGUCAAUCAGAGAUACGAGAACGCACCUAUCUAUGUUACUGAGAAUGGCUACUCGCAACACAACAGUAAUAGUAUGGAGGACAUGAUCAAUGACGUUGGAAGAGUUAACUACCUGUGGGGUUAUCUCUCAUCUAUCUCUUCGGCUGUCAGGAGAGGAGCAAACGUGCGUGGCUACUUUGUGUGGAGUAUCAUGGACAACUUUGAAUGGGUUUUCGGCUUCACCGUAAGGUUCGGGAUGUACCACGUGGAUUUCACAACGCAAGAGAGGACUCCAAAGAUGUCGGCAAAAUGGUACCGAGACUUCCUCAUGGGCUCUGCACCACUGGGCGAAGUGCAGACUCUGAGAGCAGAUUCCUGAUACUUCAAGUGUUGUGAAUUAGCAUAUCCAUUAUGUUUGGGUAUAGGUACUAGAAGGAUAUUGCGCGAUUCGGUGCCCUUUUUUUGCAGUUCUCAUAUUUUUUGCGUGAACUGUGUUUAUUUGUCUUUGUGUAGGAGGAAAUACUAUAAUUUGGAUUCAUCACAGUUCGGUAUAUAUGGAAUGUCAUACUUUUCCGUUUAAUACCAGUAAAGAAAUGGAAUCAAUUUA